AACGAGAGUGUACCUUUCACGCCAUGUGACCCACCCUUCUUAAAGGGCAAUGUCAGUAGCUGCACUCCAGCCCCGACAGAAUGGAGGAAUAUGUGCGGGAACCAUGCCCUUGGAGGAUCGUGGAUGAUUGUGGUGGGGCGUUUACUAUGGGCCUCAUCGGUGGAGGAGUUUUCCAGGCAGUUAAGGGUUUUAGGAAUGCCCCUGUGGGAUUCGGUCAUCGGUUCCGGGGCAGUGUUAACGCUGUGAAGGUUCGCGCUCCUCAGAUCGGAGGCAGCUUUGCGGUAUGGGGUGGUCUGUUUUCCACCAUUGAUUGCAGCUUAGUGAGGAUAAGAGGAAAGGAGGACCCAUGGAACUCCAUCACCAGUGGAGCACUUACAGGAGCCAUACUGGCCUCUCGAAGUGGCCCAUUGGCAAUGGUGGGCUCGGCCCUAAUGGGAGGCAUUUUGUUGGCUCUUAUUGAAGGUGUUGGGAUCCUCCUCACUCGCUACACGGCAGCGCAGUUUCAAAACCCCAACCCCUUUGGAGAGGAGCCAGGCAAUGUACCACACUGACAGUGACAGCAUGUACAGUGCCUGCUGAAGCUGUUACCGCGGCACUUCACCAUCCCUGCUGCUGGCGGAAGUAUGGAGUAUGGAGAGGAGUAUGGAGAGUGUGCUCACCAAAUGUUCCUGUUCUUUAGAAAUAAACAAUCUUCCUAGAAAAA